UCUCCAGUCCGUGGCCACGGAGGCCUCGCCCCCAGCGCUUCCUUUUUUCUGUUGCUUGUGGCUGCUGGGUUUGGGGGAGCCGGGAGAGGGAGGGUGCGUUGGCUUCCUUGUCAUGUCUCUCCAAAUGGACUACAGCUCCUACCGGAGAGACCACCCCAUCGACAGCCUGGAGAGGCAGCUCAUAUGCCCCAUUUGCUUGGAGAUGUUCACCAAACCGGUGGUAAUCCUGCCCUGUCAGCACAACCUGUGCCGGAAAUGCGCCAAUGACAUAUUUCAGUCUCGCGGGACGACGCUGGGCUCUGCGGGCCGCUUCCGCUGCCCGUCCUGCCGCCACGAGGUGGUCCUGGACCGGCACGGGGUCUACGGCCUGCAGAGGAAUCUGCUGGUGGAGAACAUCAUUGAUAUUUACAAACAGGAAUCGGCAAGCUCCCGGCCUUUGCUCAAGACCGAGCACCCGAGCUGCGAAGAGCACGAGGAAGAGAAGAUCAACAUCUACUGCGUGACCUGCAGGGUGCCCACCUGCUCCCUCUGCAAGGUCUUCGGGGAGCACAAGGAGUACAUGAAACAGAAGGUUGCACUGACCGAUGGGAUCGGAGCCCUUGUUGCCACCAAUGACCGAAUCCAGGCCUUCAUCGAUACCUUGCAAGGAACGUGCAAGAACAUUGAGGAGAACAGCAAGGCCCAGAAGCAGGCGCUGUGUGAGAAGUUUGAUCGCAUGUACGCCAUCCUGGAGGAGAGGAGGAAGAUCAUGCUGCAGAGGAUCACCUACGAGCAGGAGGAGAAGACCCAGCACCUGAAAUCCCUCGCCAGGUCGUACAGCGAACACAUCGAGUCGUCCUCCAAGCUGGUGGAUGCCGCGCUGCAGUCCACGGAGGAGCUGCAGAUGGCCGUCUUUGUGCAGAACGCCAAAGUCCUCGUCCAGAAAAUAGCCGAGGUGACCCAGAGCCGUGAGGUGGAGCCGCUGGAGGCUGGCUAUGACAACAUGGAGCACUAUGCGGUGGACUUCAAUGCCGAGGAGCGGGUCCUCUAUCAGCUGGACUUCAUUAAAGGUGAGGAAGGCGGCUUGGCUUGGCCAGAAGCAGGGGCCUGGGAGAAGAGGGUUUUCAGGCCUGGCUGCCUGCUCACCGCGAUGCUGGGGGCUGCUUGCGCUGGCACAGAACCCUUCCUGAUUCUUACGCCUCUCGUGUCCCCGUUCGGCCUCCUUCUCCGUUUCACUGGUCACUGAUUUCAGGCGCACUCCUGGAGAGGAGCCAGGGGGUCGGA